CGCCGGAAGUGUCUCGGCUGGUCCCGCCGGCCCUUGUUGUGGCUGGGCGGCGGCGGCGGGCAGGGCUGCUCCGUCCUCGCCAUGGCGGCCUUCGGGGUCCUCAGCUACGAACACCGGCCUCUCAAGCGGCCGCGGCUGGGACCGCCGGAUGUGUACCCGCAGGACCCCAAGCAGAAGGAGGACGAACUCACAGCUCUCAACGUGAAGCAGGGUUUCAACAACCAGCCAGCUGUCUCUGGAGAUGAACAUGGAAGUGCCAAAAACGUCAACUUCAACCCUGCCAAGAUAAGUUCCAACUUCAGUAGCAUCAUUGCAGAGAAGCUGCGUUGCAACACCCUGCCGGACACUGGCCGCCGAAAACCACAAGUGAACCAGAAGGAUAACUUCUGGCUGGUGACGGCCCGCUCCCAGAGCGCCAUCAACAACUGGUUCAACGAUCUCGCUGGGACCAAGCCCCUCACUCACCUGGCUAAGAAGGUGCCCAUCUUCAGUAAGAAGGAAGAAGUCUUUGGCUACCUCGCAAAGUAUACUGUGCCUGUAAUGAGAGCGGCCUGGCUGAUCAAGAUGACCUGCGCCUAUUACGCGGCCAUUACAGAGACCAAGGUGAAGAAGCGGCACGUCAUCGACCCCUUCAGUGAAUGGACACAGAUCAUCACCAAGUUCCUCUGGGAGCAGCUGCAGAAGAUUGCUGACUACCACCGGCAGCUGAUGGCACAGAGCAGCUGCGGCUCUCCCUCCAACCUCAUGCCCCAGGAAGUGGAGCAUUCGCUGAAGCAGUGGGACUACAACGAGAAGCUGGCCAUGUUCAUGUUCCAGGAUGGGAUGCUGGACCGCCACGAGUUCUUGACCUGGGUGCUGGAGUGCUUUGAGAAGAUUCGGCCAGGCGAAGAUGAGCUCCUGAAGCUACUCUUGCCUCUGCUUCUGCAGUAUUCCGGGGAGUUCGUGCAGUCAGCUUACUUGUCCAGGCGCCUGGCCUACUUUUGCACCCGCAGGCUUGCCAUGCUGCUGGACAGCACUGGCGGGCACCAGGCACACCACUUGUCGGCACAAGCAGCCCCCCCGCUCCCUUCCACGCCGACCCCCCAACCCGCAGCAGGCAACCCACCCCCCAGUCCCUUCAGCGACCUGCUGCUGUGUCCUCAGCACCGGCCAGUGGUCUUUGGCCUCAGCUGCAUCCUCCAGAGCAUUGUUCUGUGUUGCCCCAGUGCCCUUGUCUGGCACUAUUCCCUCACUGACAGCAGGAUAAAGACCGGCUCCCCGCUGGACCACUUGCCCAUCGCCCCCUCUAAUUUGCCCAUGCCUGGGGUUAACACAGGCUUCAUGCAACAGGUCCGAGCGAAGCUCCGGGAGAUUGAGCAGCAGAUCAAGGAGCGGGGCCAGGCAGUGGAGGUGCGUUGGUCCUUCGACAAAUGCCAGGAAGCCACUGCAGGGUUCACGAUCGGCCGGGUGCUGCACACGUUGGAGGUCCUGGACAGCCAUAGUUUUGAAAGGUCGGACUUCAGCAACUCUUUGGACUCCUUGUACAACCGGAUCUUUGGGGCAGGACCAAGCAAAGAUAGCCAUGAGAUCUCCCCUGACGAUGAUGCCGUUGUGGCUCUUCUGUGCGAGUGGGCUGUCAGCCACAAACGCUCCGGCCGCCACCGUGCGAUGGUCGUGGCCAAGCUGCUGGAGAAGCGGCAUUCGGAGAUCGAAGCAGAGCGCUGCGGAGAUUCGGAAGUGGUGGACGAAAAGGGCUCCAUUUCCUCGGGUUCUCUCUCGGCGGUCAAUGCUCCUGUCUUCCAGGACGUCCUGAUGCAGUUCCUAGACACCCAGGCGCCCAUGCUAACCGAACCAGCCAACGAGAACGAGAAAGUGGAGUUUUUCAACCUGGUGUUGCUCUUCUGCGAACUGGUCCGCCAUGAUGUCUUCUCACACAACAUGUACAUGUGCACUCUCAUCUCCCGCGGUGACCUGGCAAUCGACCACGGCCCACGGCCCCCUUCGCCCUUCGAUGAUGCCGCCGAAGACCACGACCGGAAAGAGGGGGAGGGCAACAGCGGCAUCAAGCUGGAGGACACAGGCCUAUCAGAGUGCCAGAUGGACAUUGACCACAACUCCAGCGCCAUUUUUGACGACAUGGAGAAGACAGAUUUCUCGAUGUUCUCCCCUCCCAUGCACUGCGAGGCCAAGGCCAGCCCAUCCCCUGAAAAGCUGGAUCCGGAGAAGGAGAGCAAGCUGCUGCUGCUGAAGGACAGGGCCGCAGAUGGCUUGUUGGCUUCGCUCUACGACCAGCCCCGGCACAUCCAGUACUCAACACAUUUCCCCAUCCCUCAGGAGGAGUCCAGUAGCCACGAAUGCAACCAGAGGCUGGUGGUCCUCUUUGGAGUUGGGAAGCAGCGUGACGAAGCCCGGCAUGCCAUCAAGAAGAUCACCAAAGACAUCCUGAAGGUGUUGAACAGGAAGAGCACAGCUGAGACAGGAGGGGAGGAAGGGCAGAAGAGGAAAAGGAACAAGCCAGAGGCCUUUCCUACAGCCGAGGACAUCUUUGCCAAGUUCCAGCACCUUUCUCAUUUCGACCAGCACCUUGUUACCUCUCAGGUAUCACGCAACGUUUUGGAGCAGAUCACCAGCUUUGCCUUAGGGAUGUCCUACCACCUGCCUCUGGUACAGCACGUCCAGUUCAUCUUUGACCUGAUGGAAUAUUCGCUUAACAUCAGUGGGCUCAUCGACUUUGCCAUCCAGUUGCUGAAUGAGCUGAGUGUGGUGGAAGCCGAGCUGCUGCUGAAGUCCUCUGAUCUGGUGGGCAGCUAUACCACCAGCCUGUGCCUCUGCAUCGUGGCCGUCCUGCGGCAUUAUCAUUCCUGCCUUAUCCUCAACCAGGACCAGAUGGCCCAAGUCUUCGAAGGGUUGUGUGGGGUGGUAAAGCAUGGCAUGAAUCGUUCUGACGGCUCUUCGGCUGAGCGCUGCAUCCUGGCCUACCUCUACGACCUGUACACAUCUUGCUCCCACCUCAAAAGCAAAUUUGGAGAGCUCUUCAGCGACUUCUGCUCCAAGGUGAAGAACACCAUCUACUGCAACGUGGAGCCGUCCGAUUCCAACAUGCUCUGGGAGCCCCUUUUUAUGAUCGACACCAUUGAGAACCCCUCGGCCCACAACUUCACCUACACCAACCUGGGCAAGAGCCUCACCGACAACCCAGCCAACCGCUACAGCUUUGUGUGCAACGCCCUGAUGCACGUCUGCGUGGGGCACCACGACCCAGACCGGGUCAAUGACAUUGCAAUCCUUUGUGCCGAACUGACUGGUUACUGCAAGUUGCUGAGUGCGGAGUGGCUGGGAGUCCUGAAAGCCCUGUGCUGCUCCUCCAACAACGGGACAUGCGGCUUCAACGACCUCCUCUGCAACGUGGAUGUGAGCGACUUGUCCUUCCAUGAUUCCCUUGCCACGUUUGUGGCCAUCCUCAUUGCCCGCCAAUGUCUCCUCCUUGAGGACCUCAUCCGCUGUGCAGCCAUCCCCUCCCUGCUCAAUGCCGCUUGCAGUGAGCAGGACUCUGAGCCCGGCGCCCGCCUGACCUGCCGGAUCUUGCUGCACCUUUUCAAGACUCCUCAACUGAAUCCUUGCCAGCAGGACAGCAGCAAGCCGUUGGUGGGCAUCCGCUCCUCCUGCGACCGGCACUUGUUGGCUGCAUCUCAGAAUCGGAUUGUAGACGGGGCUGUCUUUGCCGUCCUGAAGGCGGUCUUUGUUCUGGGUGAUGCUGAACUGAAAGGCUCUGGGUUUUCCCACCCGGGAGGAGUUGACGACCUCAUGGAAGAUGACAAGAAGCCAGCUGGCCGCAUGGUUUCCAUUGAGACAGCCAGCCUAGAGGUUUAUGCCAAAUACGUCCUGAGAAGCAUCUGCCAGCAGGAGUGGGUGGGCGAGCGCUGCCUGAAGUCCCUGUGCGAAGACAGCAAUGACCUGCAGGACCCAGUCUUGAGCAGCACCCAGGCCCAGCGGCUGAUGCAGCUCAUCUGCUACCCGCACCGGCUUCUGGACAACGAGGAGGGCGAGAACCCCCAGCGGCAGAGGAUCAAGCGCAUCCUACAGAACCUGGACCAAUGGACGAUGCGGCAGUCUCUGCUUGAGCUUCAGCUGAUGAUCAAGCAGACGGCAAACAACCAAGAAAUGAACUCCCUGCUGGAGAACAUUGCCAAGGCCACCAUCGAAGUCUUCCAGCAAUCUGCCGAGACCAACUCCGCCAGCAACGGCAUUGUCAACCUGGGCGGCUCCACCAGCCUCGUCCCGACCAGCACCAAGGCCAAACCCAUCCUCAGCUCCCUGGAAAGAUCAGGAGUGUGGCUGGUUGCCCCUCUCAUUGCCAAGCUGCCAACCUCGGUCCAGGGCUACGUCCUGAAGGCGGCUGGGGAUGAGCUGGAGAAAGGGCAGCACCUGGGGUCCUCAUCCCGCAAAGAGCGGGACCGCCAGAAGCAGAAGAGUAUGUCCCUCCUGAGCCAGCAGCCUUUCCUGUCCCUGGUGUUGACCUGCCUGAAGGGCCAAGACGAGCAGCGCGAGGGCCUCCUCACCUCCCUCUACAGCCAGGUCCAGCAGAUUGUGACCAACUGGCGAGAAGACCAGUACCAGGACGAUUGCAAAGCCAAGCAGCUGAUGCACGAGGCGCUCAAGCUGCGACUCAAUCUGGUGGGCGGCAUGUUUGACACAGUCCAGCGCAGCACCCAGCAGACCACCGAGUGGGCCGUGCUCCUCCUGGACAUCAUCAGCAGUGGCACCGUGGAUAUGCAGUCCAACAAUGAGCUUUUCACCACCGUCUUGGAUAUGCUGAGCGUCCUCAUCAACGGGACACUGGCGGCGGACAUGUCCAGCAUCUCCCAGGGCAGCAUGGAGGAGAACAAGAGGGCCUACAUGAACCUGGUCAAGAAGCUCCGGAAAGAGCUGGGCGACCGCCAGUCGGAGAGCCUGGAGAAGGUGCGCCAGCUGCUCCCACUGCCCAAGCAGACCCGAGACGUCAUCACCUGUGAGCCUCAGGGCUCCCUGAUCGACACCAAAGGCAACAAGAUCGCUGGAUUUGACUCCAUCUUCAAGAAAGAGGGCUUGCAGGUGUCCACCAAGCAAAAGAUCUCCCCAUGGGACCUCUUUGAAGGCUUGAAGCACUCUGCCCCGCUCUCCUGGGGCUGGUUUGGGACGGUGCGGGUGGACCGGAAGGUAUCCCGCUUUGAGGAGCAGCAGCGGCUGCUCUUGUACCACACGCACCUGAAGCCCAAACCCCGCAGCUACUACCUGGAGCCACUGCCACUGCCCCCUGAGGAGGAGGAGCCCCCCACUCCGGUGGCCCUGGAGCCCGAGAAGAAGGUAGCCGAGCCAGCCAAGGUGGAGAAGGCCAGCGCCAACACUGCCAGCUCUGCCGCGGAGCCCAAGAAGAAGGCUAGCAAGAACAAGAAGCGGGCCCAGCCCACCAACAAGAACGAGGACUAUAUGAUGGCUGCGGGACGUGGGGUCCCCUAUGGGGGCGGCAUGCCGGCAGAUCUCCUCCACCAUCAGACAGCAAACUCCAUGUCGCGGUUGGCCUAUGGGCAGUCGCCAGUGGGGCUCUAUGCUCAGAACCAGCCCCUGCCAGCAGGUGGCCCUCGGCUGGACACCUCCUACCGGCCAGUGCGCAUGCCACAAAUUGGCAAGCUGGUGCCAAGCCGGCCUCCUUACACGGGGGUCCUGCCCACCAGCAUGAGCAGCAUGAUGAGCAUUGACCAGGCCUACAAGUCCUCCGUCUACCGGCAGCAGCAGCCGCCCGUGCCCCAAGGGCAGCUCCUGCGGCAGCAGCUCCAGGCCAAGCUGCAGGGCCAAGGGAUGGUGGGGCCACAGCCCUUGCGGCAGAUGGCUCCUACCCCGUCUUACGGAGCCGUGCAGCCGUCACAGGGCUACACCCCCUACGUUUCCCACAUCGGCCUCCAGCAGCACCCCUCCCAGUCCGGCGCCAUGGUGCCCCCCUCCUACUCCAGCCAGACCUACCAGAAUGCGCACCCUGGCUCCAACCCGACCUUCGUGGACCCCACCAGGACCAUGCAGCGGCCCAGCGGCUACGUCCACCAGCAGGCCCCGGGCUACGUCCACAGCUUGAGUGCUGCACAAAGAUUUCCCCAUCAGUCGAUGCAGGCGGCUCCCAUGAUGAGUGGGGUGAACCACAUGGGUGCUCAGGGAGUCCCGGCAGGCAUCCGGCCGAGCCAGCUCCUCUCGGACCAGCAGCAGCAGCAGUACCUGAGGCAGCAGCAGCAACAGCAGCAGAUGCUCAGGCAACAGCAGCAGCAGCAACAGCCCCCUCCACAACCGCAGCCCCCUCCGCAGCAGCCCCAGCCACAGCCCCAGGUCCCCAGCGUCCCCCAGCCCCAAGCGCAGGGCCAGCCCCCGGGGCUCGGCAUGCAGGCCCUGGCUCCCCAGCAACCCAUGUUCCAGCGGCAAGGCCUCCAGCAGACGCAGCAGCAGCAACAGACGGCAGCCCUGGUCCGGCAGCUCCAACAACAGCUUUCAAAUACACAGCCCCAGCAGAACAGCAACCCUUUCGGACGGUAUUGAGGCCCAGCAAGGGAGGAACGGCAGUCGUGACAGUGGGCUUGAAGAGGCCUCUUCCUGUGGCCGCGGCUGGAGAAUGGGGCUCGGACCUCGGGUGCCCGCUCCGAAAGCCUGUCCCCGCUCCCCUCUCGGAGCCCACUGCGCUGCGUUUGGGACGGGGAGGGUCUGCUCGCGCCGCCGAGCGAGUGUUUUUAAUCUCCACUUU